ACGAGCUUCCGUUUUACUCUGCAAGCUGCAAGGACGACUUGCGCUGACCCAAUCCUCUGUGCUAUCUCAUGAUACCGUAUUGAUAUCAUCUGUAGUGCGGCUCAAUGAGGAGUGAUGGUCGUUAAAGUGGCAAAUUACCGUGUCGCGCCAUGGACCACUUUGACGUCUGCUUUGACUCGUGGCCAAGGGAAAAUACUGGUAAAUAGCACGCCUAUAAAUAUACGGGCGUAUCAAGGGAGAACAUUUCAAUCCCCACCUCCAACUCUCUAAUUUGACCUCUGUACCAGCACCACCGUUUUCAGUCGAUUAUGGUCAACGACGCCAACCUUAAUUUUGACUUUUUCGUCAACCCCAUCGAUCCUCAGCUGCAGCUAGAUGUGGAUGCAUUGUUCCGCGCCCUCAGCGGCCCUCAGCUUGAGGCACCUCCCCCACCAUACUUGGCCCAUUCGAUUGCACUUCCCUGCGUCACGGCUGCAAAAACCCUUCCAUACCUGCAACUGAGCGCCGUCAUUGAGAAUUUGAUGACGGGCCCAUCGAUUGUGGGCUCAGUCAAGAAUCUACACCUAGCGGUAUCUAAGGGAGACGACGAGGACUUCGGCAACAUAUCCCCUAUUCCUUUCCGCUUGGAAGAUAAUCCUACGACCCUUCCCACCAUCAAACAACUUGUCCUUCAACAUGUGGACUUGACUUGGAGGCCAAGUGGCCAACAACCCGUACCAUUGCGUCAACUUCACCUGACUAACUUCCCGGGAUCUCAUACAGCUCAUCCGUCGAUGGACGACCUUCUUGCCAUUCUGCGUGCCUGUCCUCGCCUCACUCAACUUUCUCUGUCAAACGUUGGACCGGAUUUAGGUGCUUGCUUUGUCAACCCUUCUAACCAAGUUUCAGUCCCCAAUCUCGAGAAACUUUGUCUUCACAAUACGGUCAUCAAUAUCCACAAUGUUUUGGCCCGUUUGGAGGUACCAGAUACCGCAAAGAUCCACCUCAAAACAUCUCUAACCUCCCAAGGAUCUCUGCGCGCCGUUCACUGCCUACCCAAGAACCAUCAAUUAUGGCCUCUUCACAAGAUCGAAACCCUUUUGAUAACAUCUGGUCGGGAUCGUGGUGGUGUCAUCGUCGAAGGCUUUUCCGACACAGAUAUCUUACCGUUCGAUCUCGCUAGGGUCAGAGCCGGGGGGAAGCAAAAGCUAACCAUGGAAUUCCUGUGUGAAAGUGGGAGUCCGAGAACCUGGCUGGGCUGUGGUGAUGGUCCUGUUGCGGCCGAUGUGAUCGCCGAAGUUCUUCAAACAUUCCAAAACGUUGGGCUCUCGCAUGUUCAAAUUAGGUGUCCCGUAUCCUCUGUAAGCGAGGCGGAAUGGAGCUGCAUUCUCCCCCACCUUUCUUCUACGACGCAACUCACGCUCACCAAUAUUGAAGACACCCGUCAGUAUCGCGUCUCAGGAAACUUCAAUUGGUUGAAGGCGCUCAGCUUCCGCAAGUACAACCCUCGGGCUGGCGUAAUGGGAACGUUAUGUCCCAAGCUCGACCAUCUCACUCUAUACGGGCUUGUCACCGAUACACAUUUCGCAAAUGAGCUCUGCAAUACCCUUCGAUCGCGGCUCCUCAAUGGUUUCAAGCUUACGACGCUCACCAUGAUUCAACGACAUGAAGGGGAAGGCCUUCAGGCAGAGAAGUGGAAGCAGUGGCCCAUACAAGACCAGAACCUUGUCGCGGAAUUCAUACCCGACGUUGGCUCUGAUGGCCAUAAGGACGAGCUCUAUACUGACGUUGGCCCUGGAUUCUGUGACUACUAACACGCUUGCUAUGGUUUCUGCUAUUCCUGGUCUCGCAACUCCUGGGAAUGUAUUUCAUUUCAUGCUGAUCUCGUCUUGUGUUCUCCUGCUGGAUCCAUCCGUCCUACGCUCGUUUAAUUAUUCUCUAGUCAAGCCUCUCUAUCUCGACAUCUUGAUCUUCCUUAGACGUUCUCCCCUCUGUCAUGGUUCUUUGUAAUUUUCUAUUUAUGAUAUCUGGGCCGCGGCGCCACUUUACUGCUACUUGGAUGAAGCUCUCUGUCGUCAAGCGAUUCUUCAUUGUUUUAUUCGCCG